AUGAGCGGUCUUUCUGAGUCGCAGAACCAUGCGUAUUCGUGGCACCAGUCUCACGACCAGGCGACAGUGCUUUUACUCGUACCAUACGAGACGGUGGAGGAUGAGCUAGAGGUCGUCAUCGAACGGAACCAUAUUGUGGCGGGUGUACGUGGGCAAGCGCCGGUGGUCAAGGGUCGAUUGUAUGGCGAUGUCGACACCAACACUUCCGUCUGGCAGCUCGAGCCGCGAACCUCGCAUCUCUCAUCCCGCACCCGUACUACAUCUACCACCUCUACCGGCUCAAAUCAAUCCUCAUACGCGUACAUCUCUGAGCCCGACAUCUCCAGCAGUUUCGCUGCCUCGCUCGACAGCAAUCCCACCUCCGAUACGGACGAACCUGGCCUCACAACAGGCUCUCCCGCACUGUCUUCCCCCAUCUCAUCCGCAGACGAGCGUGUAGGCUUCGCAGCUAUACAUAGGCGCAGGCGUAGACCAUUAGGCACUUCGUCAACUCAAUCGCGAGCCGCCUCUCCGCGAUAUGUAGCCGGAAGUCUCGCUUCAUCGUCCAUCUCUUCCGAGUCGUUGCAUGGGUCGAAGUCGGGGAGACUUUUGACCAUACAUCUAGAAAAGGCCGACCCCGUCAUCUGGCCGUCUUUGAUCGUAGGGCCUAUAUCGGAUACGCUAUCUCAGUCACUAUCGAGCUCGUUGGGACUGGGCGCGAGAGAGGAGAAGGAGGGGAUGUUCGACAUGGAUCCUACCAGCUUGGUGUUGCUGGGUUCGGACUCACUGGAUAUUCGACAGGAUUCCGAAGAGGCAUUCGAAUAUUUUCUGCGAGCCUGGAACCAAGCCAGCCUACCUUCCGCCACCAUGCGACUCGUCACUCAUUACGUCCCGCUCCAUCUUCCCCUCGAAGCAACAUCUGUUCAACCAGAACGCGGCACUCCAGCAUACUAUGCACAACGUCUCGGGGGCCCACUGUCCCUCGCGCAGCUAUACCUCCAGGCCGGACUACUCCAUAUCGAAGGCGCUGCCUCCGUUCUCCUCUCGUCUUCGUACUCUGGCCUGUCUUCGAUUCGCAUACCGCAUUCGUCUGUGUAUCAUGAACGACCAGAAACGGCUACAGAGGCGUGGAAGCGCGACCGUGAGAACGCACGGCAGUAUUUCGAACGUGCGAAGUCGCUGUGCCCUAGUCUUGAUGUUCCGAGUCUUCCUGCGGAUAGAAGUAGCGGUGGCGACGAUGAAGAUGAUAUUCAACUCGUCAUGCCGUCCAUCGAGCUUCAUCCCGCUCAAGAAAAGCAUGAAGGUGCUCGCAGAAGACAUGGCGAGAAGGAGGCGGAGGAUGUCGUUACGUCAAACCCUAACGAGGACACGCGGACGAGGACGCGGACGAAGACGUUAGUGGACGGCGAUGAUGAUGGGCUGGAUGGUGCUUGGUAUCUCUAUGUUCCUGGUUUGGUGGGUGCGGGUACGGCGUUGCUCGUUGUGGGAGUCCUUGGCGCGCUGAGCGUGUCGUCUUGGAGGAAGAGUCAGGGUUAG